AAACGACAACAAAUCUACCAUAUCGAGUCAAGCUGUGCCUGUAUCUUCGCUCUACGAAGAACCUCCAGAAGAGGAACCUAUGAACAACAACAAAUCUACCAUAUCGAGUCAAGCUGUGCCUGUACCUUCGCUCUACGAAGAACCUCCAGAAGAGGAACCUAUGAACAACAACAAAUCUACUAUGCUGAAGAAAGCUAUGCCUGAGUUAUCGCUGUAUGAGGAACCACCCGAGGAGGAGCUCAAAAUCAAUGCAAACUCGUACUACGAUCUACCUCCUGGUCCAUCAUCGUCAUCGAAUCAACUCUACGAUGUACCACCAGUCUUAGAGGAAAACACACAUCAAUUCAAUAAGCUUUCU